AUGGCAAAAAGAAAAUAUAUGUCAAAAGUCGACGGAAAAAUAAAUGUUGGAGAAAAACAUCAAGCGAAAAUUCCAGAUCUUGUAACCGAUGAAAAUGAGAAAACUAAUGUUGAAGAAACUCAACCUGUGGAAAAUGUAAACAAUGUUAAUGAUGAUGUAAGAAAAAAUAAAAAAGCUAAAACAGAACAAGUUGAAGAAACAACAAAUAAUGCUGCUGAAGAACAAGUUCAACAAGAAGAACCUGUAGAAACAACACCAGCAAAUGAAGAAGCAGCAAAUGGAGAAGCAGCAAAUGAAGAAGUAGCAAAUGAAGAAGCAGCAAAUGGAGAAGUAGCAAAUGAAGAAGAAGCAAAUGAAGAAGUAGCAAAUGGAGAAGAAGCACAUGAAGAACUAGCAAAUGGAGAAGAAGCACAUGAAGAACUAGCAAAUGGAGAAGAAGCAAACGAAGAACCAUCAAAUGAAGAACAAGCAAAUGAAGAAGAAGCAAAUGAAAAACCAUCAAAUGAAGAAGAAGCAAAUGAAAAACCAGCAAAUGAAGAAGAAGGAAAUGAAGAACCAGCAAAUGAAUAA